CGCUCAGUCCCAGAGCGUGCGCGCACCCAGACUCCUUGUGGGAGCGAGCGCGUCCGGGAGCCCGCGGCCGGAGAAGGGCUGCGGGUUAGGGGACCGGCGCCCGCGGAUCAGGAUUUCAGCGUUGGAAAUAACGGGAGGGAGGACCCGGUCCAGCUUCCCUUCAUCAAAUAAGGAAAUUGACACCUGGCUUGAGUACCUGUGGAGAAGAAACAAUGGAUUCCUUAGACCAUAUGCUGACAGAUCCUCUGGAACUUGGUCCAUGUGGAGAUGGCCAUGGCACGCGCAUCAUGGAGGAUUGCCUCCUGGGAGGCACCAGAGUUAGUCUGCCUGAGGACCUUCUGGAGGAUCCUGAGAUCUUCUUUGAUGUUGUCAGCCUCUCAACAUGGCAGGAAGUGUUAAGUGAUUCUCAACGUGAACACCUCCAGCAGUUUCUGCCUCAGUUUCCUGAAGACAGUGCUGAGCAGCAGAACGAACUCAUCUUAGCCCUGUUCAGUGGAGAGAACUUCCGCUUUGGAAAUCCUCUGCACAUUGCCCAGAAGCUUUUCCGAGAUGGACACUUUAACCCCGAGGUGGUCAAGUACCGGCAGCUAUGCUUCAAGUCACAGUACAAGCGCUACCUCAACUCCCAGCAGCAGUAUUUCCAUCGGCUGCUGAAGCAAAUUCUUGCAUCCCGGAGUGAUCUGCUGGAGAUGGCCCGGCGGAGCGGCCCCGCCCUUCCCUUCCGGCAGAAACGGCCUUCACCAUCCCGCACUCCUGAGGAGCGGGAGUGGCGGACCCAGCAGCGCUACUUGAAGGUCUUGAGGGAGGUGAAAGAGGAGUGUGGUGACACAGCCCUGUCAUCUGAUGAAGAGGAUCUCAGCUCAUGGCUUCCGAGCUCUCCAGCACGUUCUCCUAGUCCUGCGGUGCCCCUGAGGGUGGUGCCCACACUUUCAACCACGGAUAUGAAAACUGCAGAUAAAAUAGAACUGGGGGACAGUGACCUGAAGAUUAUGUUAAAGAAGCACCAUGAGAAGCGGAAACAUCAGCCAGAUCACCCGGACCUUUUGACAGGGGACCUGACCCUCAAUGACAUCAUGACUCGAGUAAAUGCUGGCAGGAAGGGCUCUCUCGCAGCCUUAUAUGACUUGGCUGUCCUUAAAAAAAAGGUUAAGGAAAAAGAGGAAAAGAAGAAGAAGAAAAUAAAAACAAUCAAAUCAGAGGUAGAGGACCUGGCUGAGCCUCUAAGCAGUACUGAAGGGGUUACAUCUCUCUCCCAGGCCCCUUCUCCGCUGGCAAUUCCUGCUAUCAAGGAAGAGCCCCUUGAAGACCUCAAGCCUUGCCUUGGAAUCAAUGAAAUAUCUUCCAGCUUUUUCUCUCUUCUAUUAGAGAUCUUGCUGCUGGAGAGUCAGGCUAGCCUUCCUAUGCUAGAGGAGCGAGUUUUGGAUUGGCAGUCAUCGCCAGCCAGCUCCCUCAACAGCUGGUUCUCUGCGGCCCCCAACUGGGCUGAGUUGGUACUACCAGCGCUGCAGUAUCUUGCUGGAGAAAGUCGAGCUGUUCCUUCCAGUUUCUCUCCAUUUGUUGAAUUCAAAGAGAAAACCCAACAGUGGAAGUUGCUUGGCCAAUCCCAAGAUAAUGAAAAGGAAUUAGCUGCCCUCUUCCAGCUAUGGCUAGAGACCAAAGAUCAGGCCUUCUGUAAGCAAGAAAAUGAAGACAGCUCAGAUGCCACGACACCUGUCCCUCGGGUAAGAACUGACUAUGUGGUGCGGCCCAGCACGGGGGAGGAGAAGCGGGUUUUUCAGGAGCAGGAGCGUUACCGGUAUAGCCAACCCCAUAAGGCGUUCACCUUUCGCAUGCACGGCUUCGAGUCUGUGGUGGGGCCAGUGAAGGGCGUGUUUGACAAGGAGACCUCGCUCAACAAGGCUCGGGAGCACUCCCUGCUGCGCUCCGACCGGCCCGCCUACGUUACCAUUCUGUCUCUUGUUCGGGAUGCUGCAGCUCGACUGCCUAAUGGAGAAGGCACACGGGCAGAAAUCUGUGAACUGCUUAAGGACUCCCAGUUUCUUGCACCAGAUGUCACCAGCACUCAGGUAAAUACAGUAGUGAGUGGUGCACUGGAUCGGCUACAUUACGAGAAAGAUCCUUGUGUGAAAUAUGACAUUGGACGAAAGCUGUGGAUCUACCUGCAUCGUGACCGGAGUGAAGAAGAGUUUGAGCGGAUUCACCAAGCGCAAGCAGCUGCAGCUAAAGCCAGAAAAGCCCUUCAGCAAAAACCUAAGCCCCCAUCUAAGGUGAAGUCCAGUAGCAAGGAGAGCUCCAUAAAGGUCCUUAGCAGUGGCCCUUCUGAGCAGAGCCAGAUGAGCCUCAGUGACUCCAGUAUGCCACCCACCCCAGUCACACCUGUAACCCCCACCACACCAGCAUUGCCUGCCAUUCCCAUCUCUCCUCCACCUGUAUCGGCGGUGAACAAAAGCGGCCCUACCACAGUCUCAGAACCAGCUAAGUCUAGCUCAGGUGUUCUUCUGGUGUCUUCACCAACAAUGCCACAUCUGGGAACAAUGCUUUCCCCAGCUUCCAGCCAGACUACACCCAGUUCUCAGGCUGCUGCCCGGGUCGUGAGCCACUCUGGCUCUGCCGGACUGUCCCAGGUGCGAGUGGUGGCCCAGCCUAGCCUUCCUGCUAUUCCCCAGCAGUCGGCAGGGCCAGCACAGACACUGCCACAGAUGCCAGCAGGACCACAGAUCCGAGUUCCAGCCACUGCCACGCAGACUAAAGUAGUGCCUCAGACAGUAAUGGCCACUGUGCCAGUCAAAGCGCAGACUACGGCAGCCACUGUGCAGCGGCCUGGACCUGGACAGACAGGGCUCACGGUGACCAGUCUCCCUGCCACAGCCAGCCCUGUGAGUAAGCCAGCCACGAGUUCUCCUGGGACCUCUGCUCCCAGUGCAUCUACGGCUGCUGUCAUUCAAAACGUCACGGGACAGAACAUCAUCAAGCAGGUGGCAAUCACUGGGCAGCUUGGUGUGAAGCCCCAAACAGGCAACAGCAUUCCACUCACAGCCACUAACUUCCGCAUCCAGGGUAAGGAUGUACUGCGUCUGCCGCCCUCUUCCAUCACCACAGAUGCCAAGGGCCAGACGGUUCUGCGAAUCACUCCGGACAUGAUGGCCACGCUGGCCAAGUCCCAGGUUACCACAGUCAAAUUGACCCAGGACCUCUUCGGGACAGGAGGCAACGCUACAGGCAAAGGCAUCUCUGCCACCUUACACGUCACUUCCAAUCCAGUCCAUGCAGCUGAUAGCCCUGCCAAGGCCAGUUCAGCCAGUGCCCCUUCGUCCACUCCAACAGGUACCACUGUGGUCAAAGUGACUCCUGACCUCAAGCCAACAGAAGCCUCAAGUUCAGCUUUUCGCUUGAUGCCAGCUCUUGGCGUGAGUGUGGCUGACCAGAAGGGAAAAAGCACAGUGGCCUCUUCAGAAGCAAAACCAGCUGCCACGAUCCGCAUCGUGCAGGGACUGGGAGUGAUGCCUCCCAAAGCGGGCCAGACCAUCACCGUUGCAACCCAUGCCAAGCAGGGGGCCUCGGUGGCCGGUGGGUCUGGAACUGUCCAUACUUCAGCGGUGUCCUUGCCCAGUAUGAAUGCUGCCGUGUCCAAGACUGUGGCUGUGGCUUCUGGGACUGCAAGCACCCCCAUCAGCAUCGGCACGGGAGCCCCCACCGUGCGCCAGGUCCCUGUCAGCACCGCGGUUGUGUCCACGCCCCAGGCUGGGAAGUUGCCUACACGGAUCACAGUUCCCCUGUCUGUGAUCAGCCAGCCAAUGAAGGGCAAGAGUGUGGUCACAGCCCCCAUCAUCAAAGGCAACCUUGGAGCCAACCUCAGUGGGUUGGGCCGCAACAUCAUCCUCACAACUAUGCCAGCGGGCACUAAGCUCAUUGCUGGCAAUAAGCCUGUUAGUUUCCUCACUGCUCAGCAGUUGCAGCAGCUUCAGCAGCAAGGUCAGGCCACACAGGUGCGCAUCCAGACUGUCCCUGCAUCCCAUCUCCAACAGGGAACAGCUUCUGGCUCCUCCAAAGCAGUCUCCACUGUUGUUGUGACUACAGCUCCAUCUCCUAAACAGGCACCUGAGCAACAAUGAUUAUGAGAGAGGAUGGCUUCCAUGAAACACCAUGCCUGGUCUGUCCUGGCUGAGAAGGGAGCAGGGAGGUUGCAUCAUUCUUUUAAGCUUGCCUGUUCAAGGCAGCCAAGCUGGGGGUGAUGGCAACAGUGGCCUGGAUUCUGCUGCCACGUGCCAUAGUGGAGCACCCUGAGAAAGGUUCACUCCAGGGUUCCAGGGUCUGCUGUCUACCAAUCUAGGAGAAUAUUCUGUUGGAAUUGCAGGAGGUACCAGUUAUGUCCUACAAGCCAGAGUUCUGAUAGUAAGACCCCCAGGGAAGGCUUACCAGUCGCAGAGUGCACAGACAGUGAAUAAGCUGGUUCUCCAUGAGGAUUGUAUUUUUUGGCUUCUGGUCUUCUCCAUGACUAGUGGUCUGGAUAGGAGUUUGUGUCCAGAAAAUUUUAUGUAAUUUAUUUUUUUAAAGAACCUGUUGUACAUCUUUAUCAAAUACAAACUUGGGCUUUAGCUGCCCUGUCCACCAAACUGACUUAUUCUUUUGACUAGAAUAAGAAAAUGGCAAGAAUCUUAGUAAGGUGGUAGCCAAUUUGGUAACUGCAUAGUAAUCAAGAGGCUGUAAGAUGGGAAGACACCGUAGGCAGCAGGGUAGAGUGGGUCCCCUGAAAUGGGAUUCUCUUGGCACUGCCUGUUAAAGAUAGGGGUGUUGGGAUCUUGAUUGUGGCCCCCUCAGCUUCACCUGCCCGCUUCAUCCUUCUUGGCAAGCCUGUUCACAUGGACGUACAGAGCCAGUGGACAGAGAGGAGGGGAAUGACAGCAGAGGUGCUGCUUUUGCAGCACAAACUUUGUUGCAGUUCAGAUAGUACACAUUCUGCUCUGCUCCAGAGCAAGAGUUGCAAACCAGGUUCUUGGGGCCGGCCAUUUGUUUUUGUAAAUAAAGUUUUAUUGGAACACAGCCCA